AUGACGAAGACUGUCCAUCUGCUAUUCCGCAUCUUCUACACCUCAUUCUUCACCGUCCUUAAUAUCUUACUACUUGCGCUUCUUCUGGUCACCCCCGCCGACACCAUCCGUCAAGCGCUCGUCAAUAAGCAGCUCUAUAAUAUCUUCGUGAUCGCAGGAUCCUAUCUCCUAACCGUCUCUCUCGCUCUCUUCAUCUAUGCCUCGAGGCUGUACACGAACCGAACCGUCCUGGCGGCGAUUCCAAAAACAUGGAUACCAGUGGAAAAGGGGGAAGUCAACAAGCAUGUGAGGAAGAUGAUUGUCGCAAGUCUGAGCAGAAGCGCCGCUAUAGCUUGGGAUUCUCGACCGCGCGUUUCUCUUGAACCAGCUACAGUCGUAUCCGAACCAGAAGCUCGCGAUUCGGUUGUUCAAGCUCCUGAGUCGCCUUCUAGAAGGACAGGCCUUUUCUUCCGAAGGCGAUCUGCGAAGCCCGAGAACCCCCCAGCGACCGUUCUUAUCCCCCCGCCAGAACCUGUUUGGGGUGAAAUUACACAUAAUGGUUGGGCAUCGCCAACGUCUCCUGAUCUGCCAAAUCUACAAUACACAACAGUAUUGUUGGAGUUGCCACAUCUUAUUGAGGCAAGGGCGGUUUCGCUAGCUCCAAUCGAUCCCAAUUCUGCAUCCGAGCCACCGAUGCCAGAUAUCAGAGCUGUACAAUUAUUACAACGACCAGCCUCUAUGGGUCUCCGAGAUUAUAUUGGACAUCUUACAACAAUUGGUAUCAUAAAGGCCCCGUCUACUGCUAUUGAAUUCCUGGAUGCAUACGAAUAUGCACGAUUUGGCACACGUGCACUUAGUGAACAUCAAUUCCGCGAACUCAUGAAGCAAUUUGCCGAGAUUCUUCGUAACAUGGUUGCGCUCAGUCCUGCUGCUCUCCUAGAGUUUGAUAGUGAACCAGAGAGCGAUAUCGACGACGACGCUACAUCUACACCCACGCCUGUCACCCCACGAAGUCGUUCCCUGCGUUCACUGGGCUCCUCCUAUAGUGCACUUAGUCGGACUGAAAGCGAGGGCACGAUCUUCACUGCACCUUCUCGGCGGGUGAGAACAAGUGGCACGACUAGUUCCAGGCAAAUGGAGUAUCCAGCCGCAUCAGCCACCCCAAGAAGCAAGAAGCGGACUAUUUCGAAAUCACCCAGCGCCAACAACUUCGCGCAAACGCGAAGGCCGUUUACUGCGGGUACUGGUUCCUCAGACGAAAGUUUGCGAUCCGUGAGUCAAGGCAGUGUGAUUAAAUUAAGCAUGUCGAAUGAAGAAGGCAGUUUACCGUAUACCCUCAACAUACCCGGAGCUCGUAAUUAA